AUUUUUAAUCAAGUUUAUUGUAUUUUUAGAUGCUGAAUUGAAGUAAAUAUUAUCUUAGUUUAUGUUUGUGAUAUAUUUAGUUUUAGCGGUAUAAUUAGCCGCACAAUAUAUUAGGGGCUGUUUAAAGUAACCUUCAAGUUUUAUAGAGUGGCUCGGGAUGUUAAUUUUAUAGAGCUCCGCCACUGGCCACCGCUUUACUAAAAUAUGCCACACGCUCGUGCACCUUGGUGGAGAACUGCCCCAAACCUGGAACCUGACGCGUCGGAACAACCACAAAACUCUUGCUCAAGUCAGGCAUCUGCAGCAAGGAGACGGUCAUGUGUGCCUGUUUGAGUGCGAGGAAUGCCUUUGUUGAUGCCUCCGACCACUGAAAUGAUUCCUUCUUCAAUAGGACAGUUAAUGGUGCUGCGAUUUCGCCAUAGCUUGCAAUGAACUUCCGGUAAUAUCCUGUAAGCCCAAGGAAACCACGUAGCACCCUUAAAGUUCUGGGCUGCGACUAAGUCUCUAAUGUUGCUACCUUCUCAGGAUCCAUAGCCACACCAUAUGCCGAGAUUAUAUGGCCCAAAUAUGACACACUAGUAACCCCAUAAAAACACUUGGAGCGCUUCAAUGCCAACUUAUGUGUUCUCAGUGUUUGGAACACUUACUUGACGUGUUGGAGGUGAGCUGCCCACGUCUUGCUAUAAAUCAGGAUGUCAUCGAAAAAUACUAGCACAAACUUGCAUAUGAAUGAGUUGAGGAUAUCAUUCAUCAAGCUUUGGAAUGUGGACGGGGCGUUGGUGAGGCCGAAUGGCAUGACGAGGAACUCAAAGUGGCCUCGGUGUGUUCGGAAUUUUGUUUUGUCAACAUCUUUGGGGUGCAUUCGCACCUGGUGGUACCCACUCCGAAGGUCCAGCUUGGUGAAGAAUCUAGAACCCUAAAGCUCAUCUAACAAUUCAUCAACCACUGGUAUGGGGAAAUGGUCAUUCACCGUCUUCCCAUUGAGUUCAUGGUAGUCCACACAGAAUCUCCAUGUUCCAUCUGACUUCUUCACAAGGAGCACCGGAGAAGAGAAUGUUGGCGUGCAUUCCCUUAUAAUUCCUCGAUGCAGCAUGUCCUCACAUUGCUUCUCAAUUUCAUCCUUCAAGAGCUAGGGGUAUCGGUACGAACGUACAACCAUUGGUGUCGUGCCAGGCAGUAAUUUGAUGUGGUGAUCAUGGCGUCGGGCUGGUGGUAGGCCGCAGGGUUAUGCAAACAAGUCUUCGUAGGAGUACAAUAAUUUGUCCACCAAUUCCUUCCCUUCUGAAAAUGCACAACAGCGUGGCUUAUAGUCACACAUCCCUGUCCAACAAACCUUGUGGUCUUGCUUCCAGAAUGUCAUUGAUAGACGUUCGAAGUCCCAUGGAAUCAGACCUAAGGAUCACAUUGUACUCCCAACACAACAUCAAAGCCUUCCAGUGGUAGAGCAUAGCAAGUUAGGGAGAACUGUUCUUCAACAAUUUGAACUGAUAACCAUGUACAUAAUCCUAGGUUGGUAACCUUGUCCCCAUUGGCGACUUUCACUGUGCCUUGGCGCCUUUCUAGUGGAAGUUACAUCUUAGACACCAUUGCCUCUGUGAUGAAUGUGUGUGUGGAACCAGUGUCUACCUGGGCUGUGAGUGGCACUCCCUUGUCAGAACUGUAAGCUUCAUGGUUUCCCCUACUUCAAUUCCAGUCAGGGCGCGACGUGGUAUGUGAUAUGCCCAACUCGACUACUGCCUCCUCUCCUCUCAAGUGCCAUAUUCUAAUUCCAGCAAGACCCCCCCUCCCCCCCGAGCAACACCCAUUGAGUACUUCUCUGUGCAAUGAUAGCAUUUCCCCUUUGCACGCUUCGUCGCUAACUCUUCCGGUGAUAGCCGUUUGAAUCGAGGUCGAGGCGAACAACUACCUUGGAUGCUGUGUUGUUGCCGGCUUCCUUGACUACCAAACUAUUCCUAGCAGCUCUGUAUCCUCCUCUUUUUCCUGCCUCCAAUUCCCUUUUUUCAUAGGCCCUUGUCAGGUUCAUGGCGCACUGCAAAUUCCUGGGAGCUUAUAAUUUGACAUCCGUGUGCAGGGGUUCCCUAGACCUGCCGUGAACAUGCUGACCUACUGCAUGGUAGUAAGGUCAUUGCACCGGCACAGAAGAAGUGAGAACUGUCGCUGGUAUUCCUCGACAGUGCCAAUGCGCUAGAGAUCAUUUAAUUCGGCCAAGGGGCUGGAGCGAAUUGGUGAGUCGAAUCGAAGGUUGGUGAAGUCAACGAACGUUGUUGUCGUGUUCCAGUGCGUAGAACCAUUCCGCCGCCACAGGUAUAGAAUGCAAUUGCUCAUCCUAGAUCAUGAUCGCCCACGCUAGAAUGAUUAAAAAAUGGAUUAGAAAAAUCACAGAUAAUCUAACGAUUGUUAAGUUAUUAUAGAGUGGGUGACGAAUAUUAUUGCUCUACACACAAGAUGUGAAUCCAAGAUCCAUGUGCAACUUAUAUGUUUUCUUAUAAAAAUAUUAAAAUUGUUUUUAAUUAAUACUCUAUCCAUUCUUUUUUAUUUGACGACGAACGGUCCAAAUUAGUCAAAUAAAAAUUUGGAGGUAGUGUAUUAUUAAUAUACCAGGAUUUAUUCGGUACCAUAAAGUUACUAAAUUUUGGUAUAGAUUCAACUAAACUUAAAUUUAUUUGACGAAAAACAAGAAUUGCACUUUUGUUUGGUAUAGAUUUGACUAAACUCUUUGAUUCUGGCCCGCUGCCGCCAUCUCCCCAUCACACUACCAUUGCCAUCUCGCCCUGAGGUUGCGAUCCCCUCGGCCGCGACCCUGCCUCAGUGCCUCACCCCGGGCCGCAUCUCCUGCGCUCGUGCUACGAGGACGGGCGAGCCGCCCGUGCCGCAGGUAAGAUUGCUUUUCCUUCUUCAGUUUCCCUCCUGCAGAAGUGCGGAUGGAGAUAUCGAGCUUGUGGAUGAAUGCAUACACCGUAUUUGAUUUCAAGCAUUGCCUUUAUAGUCAUUCCGCCGCAACCGUGUCUCUCUCUUAGCAAUAUUAGUUCUGCAUUUGCUUAUGGGUGAAUGUGAGCAUUAAUUAAUUGGUUUUGUAGUCGAUGGAGAUCAAAGAGUUGCGGUGCUAAUUAGACGGGAUGCCCUUUUUCCUAUUGAGCACGUUCCCAUCCUUAUAUUUGCCCUUGGUAUCAUAGAUGGAAAACUCUAAGUCAAAAUGGUAUGCUUUUGCUGCAAUAGAAGUGUCAAACUGUCAAUCCGGGAUUAGAUACCUCAUACCCAUCCCAUAAAGUUAUAACUAUCUCUAUCCCCAUACCAUCAUAAAUAUAAAAUUCAUCUCAUACCAUCUCCAUUCGGGUAUGAAAUCCGUAAUGGAUCUCCAUCCCCGACAAAAAAAAUAAUUAUAUUAUAUUUUAUAUGACAUUAACGGUCACACGACACUCAACAACAAUACACCACUAAUAAAUCUGACAUGUGACAUGUAACAAAAAAAUAUUGUUUAACUAUGCAAAAUAACAAAAAUAAAGUGACGCGUGGGCUGGUAGCUGUCCACGGUGAAUAUUUGCUUAAAAGGGUUUGGAGAGGUAGGGUUAGUUGUUGUGUUUAUUGACUAUUAAGAUGUACACCUAAUUUUACUAAGUAAAUAUUAUCCAUGGUUAAUCGAGUUCGGAUUCUAUCUCCUUGUACUCAUAUCCACACACCCAAUGGGGAAGAAUUUCUCUCAAAUUUGUAUUGAUUAAAAUCUUCUCAUACUCUAACCCUGAUAGAAAAAUUCACAAUGAGUUAAUGGGUAUCGGGUCCAGGUGCCCAUUGACACCUCUAGCUGCUAAGGUCUUUUGACCACAUUUGCUUGGAAGAAGACCUUGUCCAUGAUAGACCACAAAAAUGCUUUGACAGUGUGGGCCAUGAAAAUCUUGUGAAAUAGUUCUUUAAUCGUUCCAAAAGGCUAUACACCCAAGAGCAAAUGAAGAACAAGUGGGUUGUAUCAUACCAAGUGGAAGAAUAAGGCCAAGAAUAGCAUUGAUACCUACAAAAUUUGCAUCGUCAAGGUGCUGAAUCAGGUUUUGGGCAUUGUCAUCUCAUCUCCUCAACACCAUGUCCAUCAUGAAGCUGUCACAGGAGGCCGCCUGCUACAAGAAUCCCACCACUUCCUGUGCUUCGCUCUCCCCAGGGACCACCUAGACUUAAUGGUUUCAGGAGGAGAGUGGAGAUCAUCCCGAUGAUGAUGCGAGGUGGAAGGCUCACGGGUUUGACCUCUCAGGUUCUGAGGUGCUUCAGCACGGAGAUAUUUGUCAGCAGAUUAUCAUUCUAUACGACAGAGGAAGAAUUCAAAGAUAUUUUUUCACCAUUUGGCACCGUAGAGGAAGCUCGACUUAUGAGAGACCACCAAACUGGAAGGAUGAAGGGAUUUGGUUUUGUCAAAUAUUCAUCGCAAGCAGAGGCAGAGAAAGCUGUCAAGGCAAUGGAUGGCAAGAUUCUACGUGGAAGAUUGAUCUUUGUGGAGAUGGCAAAAGGACACGAAAGCAAGUAGGACACCCUCCCCACGAGAGGAUUUCACUGAACAUGAAACAUGAGAGCGCCAUCAGCUUAUGCCAGAUGGCAAAUAUCCCAAAUUCUCAAUUGAUGUUGCAACUUAUAUACAAAGCACAAGUUAAUUUUAGCUAGCUUAUCUUUGAUAACACUGCUACCUUGCCAUCUGAAAGGUUGCCGUGCAUUGGUAUCCGUUGACCUGUGUAAGAAAUGUUGGCAGCUCUGUGCCCUACGAACUAGCCUGGUUGAUUAACCAAGAUCUGUUCAAAAUUAAAGCCAGUAAAACAUGAAUAUUGUUAAAGAUUUCAGCAA